AUGACCAAACCACGAAGGGGUGUCGGCCGGCCGAAAAAAUUGGCGGUGGCGCUCCAACGCACGGCAGAAAGAACCAUCGUGACUCAAGCAACCAUAGAACUAGCUCCCGCGAGCUCAGAGACCUCUUUGAAGAUACUAGAGAAGACUGAAGAACCCUCUCCAAAAGAAGAUGACCCUCCUUCAACGGAGACGAUUCCAACGAACCCUAAACCUUGGGUGGAGAUCAUCCAAGGUAAUCGAGAUGUGUCCAGGGGAAUGGUUGUGGAUUUCAUAGCACCUAACAUUGUCAAUGGAGAAAUUGAAAUUGCAAUUGAGGAAGAUGAUGUUGCUCAGGAAAUUGAAUAUUGGGAAAAUGCAAUAAUCCUUUUUGCGCUGGGUGAAAUACUUUCGAUGCACGCCGUGAAGAAGUUUAUGGAGAAGACUUGGAAUUUUGUUGGCCUACCCGAGUUGUACUACAACGAUGCUGGCUACUUCAUUGUUCGAUUUAGGAAUUAUGAAGAUAUGGAGAAAGUCAUGGCUCAGGGACCUUACUUUAUCUACGGUAAACCUCUUUUCCUUAAACAUUGGUCUGAAAAUUUUGAGAUUAAAGAGGAUUUACUUCGCAUUCUGCCAUUAUGGAUUACUCUGCCCAACCUUCCACUAUACCUUUGGGGGAAACGUAGUAUCUCCAAAAUUACUAGCGCUAUAGGCAAGCCAAUUACCACUGAUGAAUGCACCGCUAAGAAGCUACGUAUUCCGUAUGCUAGGGUGUUAGUAGAAGUUGAUAUUACACAGAAAUUGAGAGAUUCUAUAACCAUUAAGGACCAUACUGGUAAGAUGAUUGAACAACAGAUUGUGUACGAAUGGAAGCCGAGUUAUUGUCACUCCUGCCUUAAGAUAGGGCAUGACUGUGCAACACAAAAAACUGGGAAGCAGAAAAAAGUGUGGCAACCUAAACCACCUGUGCAAGAAAAGAAGGAGGAAGAUGUGCCAAUGCCUAUUAUUCCUGAAAAAGAACCAAACCCUACAGAAAAGACUGACUGGAAGUUGGUGACUUCUAAGGGGGACAGAGGAAAAUGA